GCGUGCUUCUCAUGUCUCACCGACGACGUCGUUUUAGAGUUGUCUCUGUCUUACUUUAUACCUCCGCUUCCUCUCUCUCUCUGUCGCCUUCCAAAUUUCCCGGCGGAAAAUCAAUGUCCGUUAACGAAACUAUCGAUUCAAGGUUCCAAUUCCACGUGGAAGAUGACUCUUUGCAGUUCCGUGUCGGAGAGUCCAAUCCCAAGAGGCGUGAGCUCGAAAGCGUCGGCGAUCGCCGUUUCGGAAUCUCCGGAACUCGGCAAGGUUUCUACGGAAGUAGAAUCGAGAACGAUGAAACGAGAUAUUCCGAUGGAGAUGAUGACGACGAAAACGUUUGCAUCCGAAGACGUGGCUCUCUAAUUCAGCCCGGUAUUGAUUCCAGUAACAAUCGUACUUCUGUAGCUGAAGAAACCAACAGAGAAAGUAAAAAUCCAGCUGGUUGGGAACUGGUUGUGAGACAAGAAGAGGAGGAGAAAUCAUCUAUUUAUCGCCAUGAAAUGGAGCUUAAGGUGAUGAUCACUAGCCCAGAUGGUAACGUAUCUAAUAAUUCCCACCAUAAGAAGCAGGCAAAGCGAGAUUUUGCUUACUUGGAGAAGGAGAAAGUCACCAGUGUCAGCUCUUGGGAGUCUCUCAAGGCCAUCCUCUCUGAUCCUGUCACAGGAGCCUUGAUGAAUGAUGCUACGAUCCUGCCUUGUGGACAUUCUUUUGGAGCCGGGGGAUUAAAACAAGUUAAAAGAAUGAAAGCAUGUUUUACUUGUUCCCAGCCUACUUCAGAAGGAUCAGAAAAGCCAAAUCUGUCUCUCAGAGUUGUAGUUCAUGCUUUCCGCCAAGAAGAAGCAGAUCAUAGUCACUCGUUGAAGCGAAGGAAAGAAAGGUCGGAUCAGCACAAGAGAACUUUAUGUAUUCCAAACAUCACAGAAACUCCUAAGAGUAGUAGUAGAGGCAUUCAGUUUCCUUUCUCCGUUGGAGAUCGAAUCAUCAUAGAGGGAAAUAAAAGGACGCCUCCCCGGUUUGUGGGACGCAAGGCUGUUAUAAUGACGCAUUGCUUAAAUGGAUGGUAUGUUGUCAAGACAGUGGACAAUGCAGAGUCUAUUAAGUUGCAACAUUGCUCACUUGCCAAGAUCCCAGACAAUUCACCUUCUACGGUAACAGUGGCUGAAAUGGCACCGUCUUGGCUCCCUACUUCAUAGAAAUCAGCUUUCAGCAAUUUUUCCGUCAUGACAAAUUGGAUACUACAUUUCAUUAUGUGGUCAUAGCAAUGAGACAAGAAUUCUCUUUUAUUAAGUCCAGUCUUUUAUUAAUGAAAACUUUGCUCUCCUAGAACAGACAUGAGUAUAACAAAGGAUCUCUUCUAAUGUUACAUAUACGAAUGACAAAACCAU